AUGUCUGUUCAGCUCAGCGCGGCACAAGCAGUCGCGGAACACUUUCAAUCUCCAGACGACCUGCAAAAGCUAGAAGCCUUUCGUCAAAAACUCGAAAAGGAAAAGGCCUCCAUCGACGCAAAGCUGAAGAGCGGCGUCAAGGAGCAGUUGGACGCAACGAGAGAUGGUCUCAGGAAACUUAUAUCCACAAGAUCCGAUCUCCAAGGCGUCAAGGAUGAGAUGAUCUCCAUGGACAAGAUGGGCAAGGACUCCAUUGGGCAAAUCAAGACAUUUGAUCAAAUUGCAGAGGUGUCAAGGGUUCAUCGAAACUUUGCUCAGACAGAGGAAAUGGUCAACAACCUGCUGGACAUGGACGACAAGCUCGGCAAUCUCGAGUAUAUGCUUGACGCAGACUCACGAGAUCCACAAGGACCAAACGAACACCUGCUCGAGCUCCAUUAUCAACUCAAUCAACUCGAGGCAUUCAGAAAUGAGACCAUGCACAUGGCGAAAUCAGCAACUCCACAGACAAGGAGUACGCUUACUCAAUACUUCUCUCGCCUCAAUCGUCUCAGCACGGCGUUUGAUGCGCACAUAAUCGUGCUGGCGAAGAAUAUACUGCCACUCGUCCGAGCCGGAUAUACAAAUGUCGUUGUAAAGUUGUUGAAGAUUGCAGAAAUGGAAGGAAGGGAGGAUGAAAAGGCUAUGGCAAUUCGACUUCUCAAAAAGGCUGCAAAGAUGGACGCAGCCUCCAAAUUCCGUUCGCUCCAGGCGAAUGCACGUAUACUCAAGCACUACCGCUCGAGUAUCAUGACUGCCAUUCGUGAAUCAAUCCGAGAAGGGUAUGAAAGCCGCCUCCGGGAUGCAGAGGGAAACACUAUCCAGUUCAUCGAAAGCUUGGACGAGUGGCUCUUCGAUGAUCUAAGCUGGAUCGAAAUCUACGUCGCUCCAUGCUUCCCACCGGACUACGAGGUCUACGCCAUGUAUGUCAAGACAUACCACAAGGAGUUGGAUCACGUCUUCAAACAGAUUAGGGAGUCACUACCGCCUGCAUCCGUCUUACUUGCCAUGCAUGCAUGGGUCAAGACGUACAAAAAGAAGAUGAAGGAGAUCGAGAUACCGGACGAAUACCUUGAGCCACCCCUGAUGGGCGGCAAGGAGCAAAGCCUCAUCGACGACUACUCUAGGCUCAUCGUCCAGAAACUAGAGGAAUGGACAGGAAAUCUCAUGCAGCAGGAGCUUAGUGACUUUACCACGCGAGAAGCUCCACCACAGACUGACCCAGACGGGUUAUACGGCAUGUCCGGACCCGUCAUCUUGUGGAAGAUCAUAAACGAGCAAGUCGACGCGGCCACAGAAAGCAAUCAAGGAGCCGUGCUUGCACGCAUCGUCACCGAAAGCAACCGGGUCAUCAAAUCCACACAAGCUCAGUGGAGUAAACUGGUCGAUUCGGAGCUCAAGAAGAGCGUUGAGGGAAAGCCAGAGGAAAUCGCACCUGGACUUUCCGAAUUCGUUGUUGCUCUCGCCAACGACCAGAUUCGUAGUGCAGACUUUGCCGAGGAGCUUUCUGCACGACUAGAGCCUUUAGUAUCGACCAAGUACAAGGCUACAAUUGCAGAUCAACUCAAUGAAGUCAUCGACGGGUACCUGGACGUUGCGAAGAAAUGUGUACAGACGCUGAUCGAACUCAUCUUCCAUGACCUGAAACCCGCAGUCAAGCAGUUAUUCACCGCUCCAUGGUAUGACGGAAUUAUGCCUCAAAUUGUAGAAACGCUCCGCGAUUACAUGACCGACUUUCAAGCGACUCUCAACCCGUCGCUACUCGACCUCAUGAUCGAGGACCUUUUGGACAUGUUCAUCAUCACCUACCUCAGUGCCCUAGCCCGGUCUUCCAAAUUACGGAUGCCUGCGGCUCGAAAUCGAAUCAAGGACGACGUCGCGGAUUCAUUCGAGUUCUUCAGCACACUGAAAGAUCCACGGGAAUUGGAGGCGAACUUCGAAGUAGUUGAACGUUCGCUCGAGAUCCUCUCUGCCUCCCGAAGCUUAGUGUUCCUCUCCUUCUACCGGUUCGCCCAGCAGUAUGGCCCCAAUCUAGCUUAUGUGGAAAGCCUUAUUCGAGCGAGAGAUGAUUUCGAUAGGGCAGCCGCGAAUGAGGUCAUGGAAUCAAUCAAGAAAAAGGUUAGGGACGAGAAUAUCACGGACCGUACGUGCUCGCUAGCCUCCGUACCCACCAUUAGCUAA